GCUACACUUGAAGGACUGGCAAUAUACAACACCAGAGGGAGUCCUAAUAGUAGGACAGGACAUCGAGAAGAAAUCCGUUUUUAAGCCGCGAUUCGCUACUGCUGCCCGAUCGCGGGCUGCAAAUCUCAAUAUUCGCAGGCGGGGCACAUAUCGAGACACUUCAAAAAAGCUCAUAAAGGCUACCAGCUUCACUACAGAACUUGGCAGUAUACAACACCCGAGGGAGUCCGAGUAGACGGGCAGGAUGUCGAGAAGGACCCAGCUCCUAAGCGGCAAUUUCCAGACUUCUCGACGCAGACUAACCGUUACGGCUGCCCAUUUGCAGGCUGCAAGUCUCGAUAUACGAGCCGAUCAGUCAUGGCGCGACACUUUAGAUUUAAUCAUGAAGGCUAUCAGCUACACUUGAAGGACUGGCAAUAUACAACACCCGAUGGAGUCCUUUUAGAUGGCCCGGACAUCGGCAGCGAAGCCGGAAUUGUUUCAAACUUGGCUUCUAAAUCUCCACCUGCGCAUCCCAUGGAUUCUCCCAGUCGGGACAACGCCGUUUCUUUUCAGGGGUCUGCUUCAUCAUCGGGGCUUACUUCAUCGUCAGGAUCUAGUUCAGCACCGGAGCUUCGUACAUUAAGGAACGGCAAAACGUGGGCGGCCGUGAAAGCCGGCGACAGCAGUCGCGACGAAGAUGUCUCCAUGGACGAUUUGGGUAGCGAAAGUAGUGGCGGGAACAAUAACGACUCCGGCAGCUCCGACGGCGAGGAGGAAAGCGACCUCGACAGCGUCAACGAUGAGGAGGAUAGCGAUUCCGAUAACGAAUCCGACAGCUCUAACGGCAACGAAGACACCGACCUCGACAGCUCCGACGACGAAGAGGAUGGUGGCGUCUACGGCUCCGACGGCGAGGACGACGAGAUGAAACUCGACAUAGAUUCAGGCAGAGUUUCAUGAUCUCAGGUCCGUAUAAUGAGUGUGGAUUGGGAUGGUCCUGGUACUAUAGAGGAGAGUCUUCAGGUUAAGUGCAAUCGAGUCUUAGGGUUUAGAGGUCGAUGGCCCAGCCAAACGAGAGGGUUGGUGUGGUCUUUGUGUAACUAGGACGGUGC